UCUUCAUUUUCUUCUUAGUCCAACCUAUAAAUCCAUCAGCUUCGCACCAACACUUCAUCAGUUCAUCAGCAGCUGAAAUACCACCUGAUACGGAAGGUUCUCUGAACAUUCAGCCGGGAAAGCAGGGGAAGCUAGCAAGCAUGAUCAGCGCCAAGAUACUUGUCCAGAUGGCGAAGAAGUGGCAGAGAAUGGCCGCUCUGGCGAGGAAGCGGCUCACGUCGACGCCAACGGAAGAAGCUGAAGGAUCAUGCGGCACCUCAUCCUCCAUGGCCAGCAAGGGCCACUGCGUCAUGUACUCGGCCGACGGCCGGAGAUUCGAGGUCCCGCUGGCGUACCUCGGCACGGUGGUCUUCGGCGAGCUUCUGAUGCUAUCGCAAGAAGAGUUUGGGUUCGCGAGCGACGACGGCAAGAUCACGCUGCCCUGCGACGCCGCGGUGGUGGAGUACGUGAUGUCCUUGCUCAGGCGAGGUGCCUCUGAAGAGGUUGUGAGGGCGUUCCUGAGCUCCAUGGUCAGGCCGUGCCACAUUGUCAACGGCGUGGCGCCAUGCAGCCAGCAGUUAGCCUAUUAGAUUCUGGUGUACGUAAUUUUUUUGGCAACCAGAUGUACAGUUGUUGAAUCAUAGGAAAUGGUAUGAAAUAUAUCGCAUGCCUCACUAAUGUUACCAGCCGUGAGCCA